UCAUAAAUUAUUGACUUGGUUGGUGUUACGAAAAGAAGAAACAAUAGAUGAAAUGUAGCGCGGAUCUAUGGUCGGCGAACGUGAUAGAGACCGUGAAACGGUACGCUGGGAAACGGGUGCAUCAACACCACCGACCCAAUACAAUAAUGGAGUAUUACAAAUGGUGGGACAAUUGCAUGGUGGACAGGCUACAAGCCAACAACAUUUGCAGCAGCAACAGCAACAACCAAUACAACGUGAUCAACAACAGCCGCCACAGCAAAUUUUGCAAAAACACAAACAACUGCAACAGGACUACAAUUAUCAGCAGCAGCAACAACAACAACAGCAGCAGUCCAACAAUUGGAUCGAAAACGAAACACUUGGACGCAACAGUGCAACAUCAACAACAACAACGGCGAACAUCGGAGAGGGGUGUGAUAAUCAGCCCUACUACGACACCAGCGGUAAUGUCGAUUGGAGCCGGGCGAUGGGAACCGGUGGAACUGGUGCAUACAUUGGCGGCGAUGGAUCUCUCCCAACAGCUGGCAGUGUUGUUUAUAACGUUGGCCAAAGUCCUGCAAACGGCCGAGGGCCCCACCACAAUACCGGCGCCCCUCUUACUGGCAACCUGGAUUAUAUUGACGGUAGCAGCAUUGCUGGCGCAUCCGCCGCAACUACACACACUGCUGGCGGUAUGCAGGGCGGAACUUCAGUCGCUUCGGUUGGUUGGACAUCGGACGCUACAAACGCUCCACCGCCUAGUACCACGGCCGUCACAACUGCAACAUCUGCUACGGGCACUGGCAAAGAGGUGCGCUACGCUCCAUUCCCCAUCACGUCGCCGACGCACUCGAAUCCCACGACUUCCCAGUUGCAGCAGGGCCAAAUCAAUGCCGGCGCCCUCCAGCGGACACAUUCCAGAUCAAUGUCCUCCAUCCCGCCCCCGGAACCUUUUAUGAUAGCACAGUCGAAGCAAAUGAACAGUCGAGUGUCGAUUAACGUUGGCGGCGUCAAACACGAAGUUCUGUGGCGCACACUCGAACGACUUCCUCACACGCGCCUCGGCCGACUGCGUGAAUGCACCACGCACGAGGCCAUCAUUGAGCUCUGCGACGAUUAUUCGCUGGUCGACAACGAGUAUUUCUUUGAUCGUCACCCGAAAAGCUUCAGUUCCAUUCUAAAUUUCUAUCGCACCGGUAAACUGCACAUUGUCGACGAGAUGUGUGUGCUGGCCUUCAGCGAUGACCUCGAAUAUUGGGGCGUCGACGAACUCUAUUUGGAGUCGUGUUGUCAGCACAAAUACCAUCAGCGCAAGGAGAACGUUCACGAAGAAAUGCGCAAAGAAGCCGAAUCGUUGCGCCAGCGUGAUGAAGAAGAAUUCGGCGAAGGUAAAUGUGCCGAAUACCAAAAAUACUUGUGGGAAUUGCUCGAAAAGCCGAACACUAGUCUGGCAGCGAGGGUUAUCGCUGUGAUAUCCAUAUUAUUUAUAGUCCUGUCUACCAUAGCCCUGACGUUGAACACCCUACCACAAUUACAACAUUAUGACGUUGAUGCGGGUACACCAACUGAUAAUCCACAAUUGGCUAUGGUUGAGGCCGUUUGUAUAUCGUGGUUUACACUAGAGUAUAUACUUAGGUUUAGUGCGUCGCCUGACAAGUGGAAAUUUUUCAAAGGCGGCCUAAAUAUAAUCGAUCUAUUGGCAAUACUCCCCUAUUUUGUUUCACUGUUCCUCUUGGAGACAAACAAGAAUGCAACGGACCAGUUCCAGGAUGUGCGCCGGGUGGUGCAAGUAUUCCGCAUCAUGCGCAUCCUGCGAAUCCUUAAGCUGGCCCGUCACUCAACGGGCCUGCAGUCGUUAGGCUUUACGCUACGCAAUUCAUAUAAGGAACUCGGUCUACUAAUGCUGUUCCUGGCUAUGGGCGUUCUCAUAUUUUCUUCGCUGGCAUAUUUUGCCGAAAAGGAUGAAAAGGAUACAAAAUUCGUUUCAAUACCGGAAACAUUUUGGUGGGCGGGUAUUACAAUGACAACUGUUGGCUACGGGGACAUCUAUCCCACUACUGCACUGGGAAAGGUUAUUGGUACUGUGUGUUGCAUAUGCGGUGUUCUGGUAAUCGCUUUGCCUAUUCCCAUCAUAGUUAACAAUUUCGCUGAAUUUUAUAAGAAUCAGAUGCGACGCGAGAAGGCGCUCAAACGCCGCGAGGCGCUCGAUCGUGCCAAGCGAGAGGGUAGCAUUGUUUCUUUCCAUCAUAUCAAUCUGAAAGAUGCCUUUGCCAAAUCCAUGGAUCUCAUCGAUGUCAUUGUCGAUACAGGGAGCAAACAAACGAACGUUGUACACCCGAAAGGUAAAACCAGACAGUCAGCGACAAAUGUAGCCAAACAACCACUCACCCUACGACGAUCGUUACCCACAGGGCACAAUCUCUCGCAGACGGAUGGGAAUAGCACAGAGGGCGACUCGACCAGUGGACGAAAUCCGGCAACAACGGGGAUCGGUUGCUAUAAGAACUACGAUCAUGUCUCUAAUCUAAGAAACUCGAAUGCAACACAUCACCAUGCCUCCUCUAUCCCCGAUCAACAGGAUGCAGUGCCGCCAUACACUUUUGAUAAUCCCAAUGCAAGGCAGACAUCAAUGAUGGCAAUGGAAAGCUAUCGGCGUGAACAGCAGGCAUUACAACAACAACAGCAGCAGCAAGAGCAGCUAGGCCACUCCACCCAAUCUGCAGCUUUGGCAUUGACUUCGUCGAACCCAAUAACAACCCCCAACAGUGGCCCAAGUGCUGUCAACAACCCAGCACAGCAGCAGCAACAAUCGAAUGCGGCUGGUGACGAGGGUACAGGUUCCAAUGUGCAAGCCUCCGGCGGUGAUGAUGAGAACGGACCACCCUCAAUGUUGCCUGUGCAAAUGAUGAUUAAGCCAGGGGAAGUGGCGGAAUUGCGACGUCAGGUGGCGCUUGAAAAUUUGCAAAAUCAACGACUGGACAACUACGAUCAGGAUGUACCGGUGGAAUUCGAAUGCUGUUUCUGCACAUCAAAGGAUUUCAAGGAAUUUACAGAUGCCGAAGGUGUUAUCUCACUUCCAACAUCGGACUUCCAUAAACCGAUUUGUUAUGAAAUGCGACAAGCGGCCAAUCGUCAGCUGCAACAAUCGCUUCCAUUUGGUGGAUUUCCAAUUGCCGCAUCGCCACCUGCUGUGCCGGCAAUACCGCCCGCAUCGGCUGCAGCUUUCAUAUCCAACCAAUUGCAAAUGGGUAGCGGUGGUAUUGUGACCGCUUCCACGGGUACAACGCAAAGCGAACUACUGUAUUCGGCCGGCAGCGGAGGUGUUGUGCGCACAUCACUGCCAUACACUGCCACCGGAGGCCUUGCGCCCAUAUCGCAAUCCUCGUCGACGUCAUCGUCGUAUGGCACAACGACGUCGACUACAAUCGCGCUGCCAUUAGAUACGUCUCUGAGAUAUCCACCGUAUGUGAGCAGCAGUUCCACUGUCAUCAAUAAUUUCAAUCACAAUUACAAUAACAAUUUCAAUACAACAUCUCUGGGAACUUGCCAUCCGCUGCCAAUGAGCACCAGCCAACAAGGUGUGACAGCACUGGGGAACAAUUUCAGCAACAAUAAUUUGAAUAACAAUUUCAAUAAUAACAAUGCCGAUCUGGCAAGCGUAGAUAGUUCGGACACCUAUGCCAGUUGUCAAACCCACCCAUUCCUGUCACAGGGCGACCUCACGUCCGAUCUGAACGACGAGGUGUGUGCCCUGGACAUAGACAUGGAUAAUUUGUAUAUAAAUCCACUGGAAAAAGACUCGGCUGGUAACACAACUACCGGUUAUAUGGUGGGUCUACCGCCGACGCCAUCUUCGGGCCAGAUACGGGCCCAUGUGAAAAAGAGCGCAUCUGGUGAUACGGCUUUGCGAAAUUUGGCAGCUGGUGGUCUAAGUCCCAUGGAUGAUGUCUAUCAAAAUUUCGACGCACACGAUCGCGGCAGCCACAUUAGCCUCAACGAGAAUCCAGUGCCAAAGCAUCGCAAAACGCGAUUCCAACAGAGUUUCUCAGCAGCGGCAAUGCCAUCGUCGUCCUCCUCCUCACAUUCCACCACCGGCCCCGCACAGAUGUCGAAACCACGAGCCCGUUUCGAUGACUCCAAACUGUCGCAGGAGAAUCUAGGCAGCGACAACAGUCCGGCCAGUACCACUACCACCACCACCAGUAAAAAGAAGCGUUCAUCGUUUAUGCCCGGCAAGAGUUUAGCCACUGCCACCAAACUAAUAAAUCAGCAUCUUUUCGGCAUACAAAAUGUUGGACCCAAAGCCAAAUUUGAAAGUAAACAUUCCUCAUCGAUAGAAUCAAUAGAUGCAUCACCCAAUUUGGACCAUCAUCGCCGAUCUAAAUCAAUUCUCAAGAAUAAAUCGGAUGUGUCUCGAGUACUGGCGGAUCCGGAAAGUGAACGUCUGCUGGCGGACAACAUGUCUGGUUCAGGUGUCUCUGACAAUGGCACAGUAAUGGGCGAAUCAGGCAGUGAUUACUCACCGAAUAAAUUACCUCAUUCAGUUUUAGCUAAGUCAAUAUCCCCACCACCCCUUAGGCAUCGAACCCUAAUGCAACAACGCUCAGGCCCGGCCACAUUACAAUCGAAGCCGACCAAAUUUCAAACACCUCGCUAUCCAGCAGAGGAACAGGCUCUACGACAGGUAAAACCAGUUCUGUCACGUGCUGGCGCCGCUGCACAUCUGUCCGGAGACAGUCGUUAUGACUCAACGAAUAGAGACAGUAGUUUAGAUUCCGAAACAACAUUUACAUCGAAUGUUAAUUUACGUGGUGAAACUGCGGAUAGUGGCAAUGACGGCAGCGGAGAUGCUGGCGGCUCCAGUGACGAGAACCGUUCUUUACUACAACGUGAUAACUCCAAUGAACGCAACGAGGACAAAGAUGACGCCAAUGGUUCAAAGGCGUAGCAAUUAAUUCAUUCUAAAUCCAAAAGGGACUAAAGUCCAAUGCAAAGCCAAGGG